CAUUUGCAAUGGCAAUGAGAUUUCGUGUUCAACCUCGUUCCUUUCUUCCUAGAACUCGCGUAAAUAUUCGUGCAAUUCUCAAAAUAAGUAACGUGCUCGCCUAAAAUUUCGGCAAAAUAAAUUUAUUCGUCAAAAAAAAAAUUGUCGCCAAGAAUGAAGAAAUACUCAUUAAAGCUUUAUAAAACAGCUAACCAUAUCUCCUGUAACAUUCAAACUAUUUUUAUUUAAAUAGCAUUAUGUAAUAGAAGCCCACACCGUCCAUGGAUGCCCGGGCGCAACCCUACGCAUAUGAUUUUGUAAAUUAACCACGCCCCCUAUCAGUGCCGGGAAGGGGACCCUAGAAAACUUCCCUUAUGCAAAGCACAGGAUCUACUAGGGUCGCAGAGCGCAACCGAACGAACCGUCAUUGUCAUGUGAGAAGUGAUACAAGCAAGAUGUCUGGCAUCCAAUGCUCUAUUAAGAACUGUGAGAACUCUACCAACCGCAACAAGGAAAUGCGUUUCUUUGAUUUCCCCAAAGAAUCGCCAAGAUGCCGCCUGUGGAUUCGCGCCUCAGGCCGUACCGAGCUCCUCAAUGAGUCGAUGAAAAAUCUCAAAAAGAAGCACAUUGUCUGUGAAAUACACUUCAAAAAAUCGGACAUCGUUGAUGGUUCUCUGAUUCCUACAGCCAUCCCAACUCUUAACCUCUUCCUUGAUGAAGACGAAUCUCAGCCGCCCGUGCGCCGCCAGGCCAUUCUGCUGCCAACUCCUGGCCCGCCACGCAUACCGAUCCGAUCCUCGACUCCUCCGCUGCCCCGGUCUCAACCGAUUCCUAAGCCGAAAGCCAUUCCGUCGACUCCAAGACCGGGAACCAGGGGUCGCCCUAUCCCUAUAGGUCGUCAUAGACCAUCGACUGCCGAACCGGUGCGGGGAGCAGGCCCCGCUGCUGCCGCUGACCCACCGCAGGGCCCCUCUCUGCGCUCGUCCCGCAAGCGCCCUAUGCCGCCGCGGACUUACCGCAAGAAUACUCUGGCUAACAAGUAGCCACCAAAGUAAGUUACGAGGGGCAGGGGUGGUAACACACUGCGGUACUUACUUUUACUUUUUCUUGUCUUUUUGCCAUUUUAUGUACUAGUCAGACUACGAAGAUUAUAAAGUUCAACUUGUUCUUAUAUACCAACUAGCCUACGGUGCUUUUAAAAAGUGUUAAAGGUGUUCUAAAUUAAAAUGGUGACCCGGAUACACUUAAAAUAUAAAAAAUAAUGUGAUUACGUGAAUAAUAUUCACAAUCGGAAUAAAUUAUUAUUUUAACGAUUAUUAUUAAAUAUUUCGUUUAAUGUAUAACAUUAAUUAUUGGCCUAAAUGUUUAAAACUACAGCGAUGAACAAAGUUGGUUUCAAAAACUCAAUGGUUUCUAGGUUGUGAGUGAGGGGUCCCUCGAUUUCAUUUUCUAUUAUUGUCACAAAAAUACCUCUUUGAUUAAAAGCCGUUACGUAAUGUCUUAACUAUUGCUAUUUAAGAUUGAACACCUAUUUGUGAACCUUUAACAGUAUGCAAUUUCCAUCUAAAGUACUAACUGUGGCUUAUAUAUGUAAGUUUCUUGAGCAACAUAUUGUUCAUUAUAUAAUCGCAUUUUCUAAUGUAUGUUUGUCAAUUUCUUUAGAGAUUAAGAUACAAUAUGCUAAUCAAAUUAUCAUUAGAACGUAUUUAGAAGUUUAAGAUUCGGUUCUUUGUAUAAAUCCCAAGUAAGACUUUGGCACCAUCCACAAUUUAAAAUAAAAUAUAAAUUCUUGAAAACGGAAUCCGCUUUCCUGAAAGAUUAAAAAAAAUAAAACAAAAAAAUAUUGUAACUUUGGGUCUAUACAAAUCAUAAUAAUAUUAAAGCACAGCGAAUAGUAAUAUCAAUAGAGUUCAUAAAAAUUCAGAACGUAGGUAUAUUAUUUAUCUCUAGAUUUUUUGUUUACUUUUAUUUUGCCCGCUGCGCUGAGCUAAGCAAUUCCACGCAUUUACCUUCUUGCAUUGCGAAAACAGGACGGCAAGAGCCUAAGCGAAGUAGAGAAAGAGAGAGCGCUAGGUCACACACACCUCACGCAUGCAUUUAUAUGGAUAUUCAAUUAGGAUUUCUUUGGCAGAGUGGGUUCCAUGAUGACGUUUCGAAUUUUGUAUGUC